GGCGUCGUCCAUUUCGUCAUGUGAUCUCCACGGUAAACAACAUCACGCGUACACAUACAUACGACAAUCUACAUACAUCAGCAGUACCGUACAUGUGUGAAGUUAUUGUAGUUUGUACAAGUAGGGCCUACUACUUUUUCUCGUUUUGACCUACAUUUCCUUUCGUACGAUCAAUUCAAAGCAAAUCAAGUGUCGUUUGGAUAUUCAUCAACAUGUCUGGGACUGGAUACCAAGCAUUUCACAACGAGGCAGACGACACGCAACAGACUGAUGGCAGGAAUGUACAGGUUGCAGGCGCUGUACCCCCAGUCACCUUCUCCGGGCAACAGGUGCCCCCACCCUAUCAAGGUCAGUUUCAAUCUCAAGUACCUGUCAUAGGAGAGGCGGUCCACCAGCAACCUGGCGGUCCACUCCAGGGCAAGGCAGAGAUGAUGCCAAUACCUGUGGGAAUACCAGGGUGCCCCCGCGGACUGGAAUACCUUGCCACACUGGACCAGCUCCUUGUUCACCAACAGAUUGAGCUUGCUGAAGUUAUUCUCAGAGUGGAGUUUGAGAACAAGUACGUCAUAAAGAACAGUCUUGGUCAGCAAGUUUACUUCGCUGCUGAAGAAUCUGAGUGUUGUGAGCGGGUUUGGUGUGGACAUAAGAGAGGAUUCUUAUUCCACAUCACAGACAACAUGGGACAGGAGGUGCUCCGAGUUGUCCGUGAGUUUAAGUGCUGUGCCGGAUGCUGCUGGUGUGCCAACAACAAUCACUGUUCGUUGUUUGUCGCUGUCGAGAGUCCUCCAGGGAAUGUGAUUGGUUACGUCCGCCAAACGCAAAGUAAGAUCAGCCCUCACUUUGAUGUCCUUACAGCUGAACAAGAUUGUGUACUGAAGAUCCGUGGUCACUGGUGUAGAUUUCAGGCUGUUUGCUGUACCGAUGAUAUUGACUUCAAGAUCUUUACUAACGAUCUCCAGACCGAAGUAGGAAAGGUUUCCAAGCAGUGGGGCGGAUGGGUAAGGGAGUCCUUCACCAAGGCUGACAACUUCGGUGUUGAGUUUCCACAAGACUUGGAUGUGAAAGUAAAGGCCACACUACUUGCUAGUACAUUGCUGAUUGACUUCAUGUAUUUUGAACGCCGGAAGAGGAACAAGCGAUAUUAAGAUCUCUUUGAUGCAGCUGUAACUGGGUCAACAUCAGUGGUGAUUUUCUGAUAGCCAUGGUUUAGUUAAACAUGGGUUUAAUAACUUAGACUAUACUUUAUUUAGUGCCUUAUAUCAACUUAUUCACCAAUUAAAACUUAUUCUUAUCCUGCUGAAAAAAGGUCAAAAAUUAUUUGAGUCGUGAAAUGGGAAGAAUAUGAAAGUACAAAAAUUAUGUGAAUUUUAAUAAAGUAAUUGGUACAUAAUAAUUUCCAUAAAUAUGGAUGAAGUAUUAUGAAGCCAAGCCAUGAGGCAAAGUUAUUGUUAGAGGAGAUAUACCCCAGUUUCAAACUAUGAAAACCUAAAUCACUCCGGGCCAGCUAUUUAAGCAUCUAUUAUGUUCGACCCUGAUCGGUCUGAUAAGAACUAAACCACAGUAACAGCAGGGCCAGCUACACGUAAAUUGUGCUCUCCUCACCAGCGCAUGCCAUCAUUUUUAUUCUCUUUAAUAGUUUCCUUAUUUCGGGGUCGAUUUUCUUUGUUCAUAAUUGAAAGGAAAUGAACAUUGGAUUUCUGAAUACAAUAUUCCAGUGUAAACUUGAUUAAAUAUCAAGUGCAAAAAUUUCAUUCUGAAGGGCCUGCUACGAGCAGAAGAGCUGCUCUUACGAAAUAUCACAGCUGCUGUAAUCAUUUAACCCUGUCUCAAUGUUCAGGCUUGCCUGCGGAGGUGAAAAGCUAUAUCAGAGGGAUUACCAAGGUUGAUAGUGCUUGAAAUGAAAUAACUUGGAUCCUCUUACAAGGUUUUUCUGAACAGGGGUAUAAAAUCGCAGUUCAAAAUCUGAGAAGAGGUUGUCCUGUAACGAGGGUUUGACUAAUGGCAUACCAUAGAAGUGUAGUUUAAAAAUUCUAGUUUAGAAUAGAGUUAAACCUAUGUUUAAUUAUCAGAAUAUCACCUCAUGUCUGUGACUCUUUUUUUCUCUGAUUUAAGGUGAGAAAGCAGAAAAUCAACAUUUUGUGGAUAUAGUCUUGUGCCCCAUAAAGUCUGAAGUCUUGAUAAAACUUCAAACGUGUGCAUCGUAUUGCUCUGUCAUUUUAACACUCCCAUCUUACUAAAUUGUACUUAUUGUUAUUUUUCACCGAUUGAUUAUUCAUGGAAAUUUAGUUUUGUCCAUUAAUCUGAUGUUAUAGCCACCCUCUCUCACUAAUCACGGAAUUUAUCUGAAUAAGGUCCGACAAAAAAUUGUAUUUACUGUCACAUCAUAUUUCACAGAUUGAUUAUUGAUCUAUAAUAAUGCCUUUUCUUGCGAAUCACAUAGUUUAUCUACAGAGAGGUCUAUACUAAAGUGUAGUUACCGUUAUAUAAUUUUUUACCAAUUUAUUCUUCUUCAAAAGUUCAUUUUGUCUGGGGUUUUUUAAAGUGCCCUCACUUGCUGAUUAUAUGAUUUAUCAACACAGAGACCCUUGAAAUACUUGUAGACUAUGAAAGUUUAUAUAUCAGGGCCCUGUCUUAUAAAGAGUUAUGAUUGAUCCAAUCAACCUCAACUAUGGAAAGCCAGCAACGUCAACAUCUAAAAUGCAUAUUUGUUUAAAAUAUUUUCUAGAAAUGACAUAUAUUCAUACAUUUAUGAUUUAUAGUUUUCUUUAAAAUUCAGUGUGCUUCUCUUUGUUUACAAAGAACAUUGUGCAAAUUUCCUGAAGAAAGAAUUAUGACAUUGAUGAUAUUCCAUAUACUUGAGGUUGACUGGAUCAAUCGUCUUUGUAAGACAGGGCUAAGAAAUUUAUAUAGGAAUAUAACCCUAUUCACGUUUUAUUGAUUUCAUUUAUAUACUUGAUUUAAUAUUUGGCCAAGAUGUUCACUAUUUCUGAACUCUGUCAAAUACUGUACAUGUACAUGUGUAGUCUGAGUCUGGAUGUUACUAUUUCUGUUUAAAAUUGUCAUUUGAACACUUACUUUACAAUUUUAUUAAUUGGAUAUUACAAACUACUUACAAAAAUUAAGUCCUAAAAUUUCAGCCCUUUCCAUGCUUGAGUAGGAGUUUCAUAUAAACAAGACAAAAGUUCACUGCCAUUUUUUUAUUAUUGGGUGCCCGACAAAUUUAGAUUUUGGUGUAAAAUUUCUAACAUUAUCCAAUAAAAAACACAUUCUUGUUUUAUAUCCUUCUUGACAUCACUUUUUUUAGGACACACAGAUUGAUAUAAUCUAGUAGUGAAUUGGAAUAGUGUCAUGCACUUUUGAGGGAAUUUAGGCUGUAAGGAGUUUUAGUUUUCCGAAUAGAUUGAAUCAAUUAAAAAACAACAAACACCGUGAUCCAUUUGACCGAGUUCGAUAAUUUUACUUUUAAACUAAGGAAUAUGCGAAUUGAGCAUUAUGUUUUCAUAUGCUAUCUGUUUAAUCAUGUAACAGGUUGAAAACCUUUGUUUAAUUGUUAUCUAAAUGAAUAGUAAUUUUCUAAACAUGUAUAAGUUGUGGUGUGUUAUGAUUAAAUAGUUUAUGUCAAAAUAGCCAGUACUACUUUAUUAUGUGACUAUAAUGUUAUUGGGUGUUCGCGAAGAUUUAAAUUUGACUAACAAUUAACUUUCCAUUGGCAUGCAGUAUAACGUAUCAUCUCAUUGGUCAGAUCAUUCUGAAAUAACAUUUACUACUGCAUAGUCAUCAAUGAGAUUAUGUGUUUGAUACCUAGUGUAAGAUUGUGUUUAGUCAUGACUAGGGGCAGAUCCAGGAUUUUCCAAAGGGGGAGGGGGGCACAUUUUCCAGAUAAAAAAAAUUGACAAGUCCCCCUUCCCCCCCAAAAAAGGUCCACACUUUCAAAGGGGGGCACACUUGGGUAAAAUUGGCAUAUUUACAUUAAAAAAAAUGAUAAUGGCUCUCAGGGGGGGGGGGGGGGGGGGGGCGUGUGCCCCCCCCCCCCCCCCUUCCCCUGGAUCCCCCACUGGGCAUGACUAUAAGUCACACUUAAUUCUUUCUGAAAUACCACUACAGUGUAUAUAAAUUUAAUAAUUCAUGAUAUUUUACUUUACUAAAAAUAUAUAUGUAAGAUGUAAAAGAAUAUUUAUCAAACUUUCUUUGUUUACUAGAAUCUUGCAUUGAAUUAGAUUCACUUUAUAUAAUUGAACUAUUAAUACAGAGUAUAUAUUUAUAUUUUACUUCACUUCUUUAUCCUUUAGUCACAUUGUGAUAUGGUAUAUUUUUUAGGCUUGUUACUUUUGUUGUAUCCAAAGUAAUGUGUACAUUUUAUACAUGAGAUGAGACCAACAUACGAAGAGCCAGUUUUAUAUAUGACAAGUAUUUACCAUCACCCCCAAAAUAGAAAUAUAAACAUUUAUAAUUUGAAGUUUGUGGAAAAUAUAUUUCGUAGAGUGUUAAUUUAUAUCUACCUGCUUUUGUGUUAUCUGUUUUGAUUUUCAAAAUUUCAAUAGAAAAGGAAAUCAUGACAUAUUAAUAUUAUAUUGCAUGGUUAAAGGCAAAAGUGUGUGGUAUUUUAUAUGUCAUAAUCAGUGUUGUAAUAUUGGUAUCCCUUAUCUGAUUUGGGCUAUGGUGUCUUUCAAUCUAUAGAUCUUAGCUAAAAUUUUAGCAUUUAGGUGUCUAUGUAUAGUGCUUGAUAAUUAAACUUUGUGGUAAUAUGUGAAAUGAUUAUAUAUCUUAUCGAAUAUUUAUAUUAAGAGCUAAAAAUUAAGCGCCAUUUUUAGUGUCCAAAAAUCUUAUUUACUGAAGGUUCAGAGAUGGAAGAGAAAGAGAGAGAUAGAGAAAGAGAGCAGGAGGGUGAAGGGGGCGGGGGAAUUCGGUUGUAUUUAAGAAGGCUUUAACAGUUCAUACGUCUUAUAACUAGUGAUAAUACAAUACUACUUAUGUUUGGAUUUAUAGAUAUUAUUUCAUUGUUGAAAAAAUUGAAAUACAUUUUAUAUUAUUUAUUUUGUUUUUAUGUUGCUAAUCGGAUCAUAGAAAUGCAUAUCUGGUUAUAAUACACGUAUUUUAUGGUUUCAAAGAAAAACAUUUUAGUUAGAAAGAAGACAUUGCCUUAAAACUUCAAACAUGCUUUAUUAAGCUUUUCAUUAUGUUAAUUGUAUGUUAUUGCUGAUAAUGCUAAAAUAAAUGUAUUUCUCUGACUUGAUUCCUUUGGUACACUUUUUUGCUUUGCCAAGAUACAGUGUGUAGUAGCAAGAUGUGACGUCAUGUGUGAUUCAAGCCUAGUUAAUAUUUGUUGAUGAUUAAUCCGAUUGUUUGCGUAGUUUGACGUCAUUCUGUAUUUUUAACAUUUUAGUUAGAAAGAAGACAUUGCCUUAAAACUUCAAACAUGCUUUAUUAAGCUUUUCAUUAUGUUAAUUGUAUGUUAUUGCUGAUAAUGCUAAAAUAAAUGUAUUUCUCUGACUUGAUUCCUUUGGUACACUUUUUUGCUUUGCCAAGAUACAGUGUGUAGUAGCAAGAUGUGACGUCAUGUGUGAUUCAAGCCUAGUUAAUAUUUGUUGAUGAUUAAUCCGAUUGUUUGCGUAGUUUGACGUCAUUCUGUAUUUUUAACAUUUUAGUUAGAAAGAAGACAUUGCCUUAAAACUUCAAACAUGCUUUAUUAAGCUUUUCAUUAUGUUAAUUGUAUGUUAUUGCUGAUAAUGCUAAAAUAAAUGUAUUUCUCUGACUUGAUUCCUUUGGUAAACUUUUUUGCUUUGCUAAGAUACAGUGUGUAGUAGCAAGAUGUGACGUCAUGUGUGAUUCAAGCCUAGUUAAUAUUUGUUGAUGAUUAAUCCGAUUGUUUGCGUAGUUUGACGUCAUUCUGUAUUUUUAACAUUUUAGUUAGAAAGAAGACAUUGCCUUAAAACUUCAAACAUGCUUUAUUAAGCUUUUCAUUAUGUUAAUUGUAUGUUAUUGCUGAUAAUGCUAAAAUAAAUGUAUUUCUCUGACUUGA